AACCCCUGCCACUGCCCACUCCAAACUUUUGCGUAUGUUUAUCAUUUUCUUCAAUUCUCUGUUUACGCCGUCCUUCCUCCGAUCAUUUUUGAACUGAGAGCUGCAGGCGACCGCAACGCCGCUUUUCCGCCUCUUCUUCUCUUCUGAUCCUUAACUCGCUGAUAGACAGCGAAAUUUUUAAAUGGGUGACAUUUUGGGCGUGGAUCAUUUAAGCGAUCUGCCUCAGAGCAUUAUAGAAUGCAUUCUCACGAGGUUACCGAUUAGAGAUGCCAUUAGAACCAGUGUUUUAUCUAGGAGAUGGAGAUAUAAGUGGAAUACCCUUACUCAACUUGUGUUUGAUGAUGAUUGUGUUGCCAUGUCCAACGAUGGAAUUUAUGAAGACCUUAUAUAUUUCAUCACUCAUGUUCUUUUUCUUCAUGAAGGUCCAAUUCACAAGUUCCAUCUUUCUGCUACCUACUUACAGAAUACCCCAGAUUUAGAUCAGUGGAUGCUUUUCCUUUCAAGGAAGGGCAUCAGGGAAUUGAUUAUUGAAUUGGGAGACGGUGAGUGGUUUAGGGUUCAUUCUUGUCUUUUUAACUGUAGUAAAUUGACCCUAUUGGAGCUGUAUCGUUGUGAAUUGGAUCCACCUCCUACCUUUAAGGGAUUCUUAUGCUUGAAAAGCCUAAAGCUUCAUCAAGUUCUGAUUGCACCCGAAGACAUUGAAAGUCUUAUUGCUAAUUGUCCACUCCUUGAGACUCUGGCGCUUUCCUACUUCGAUAGUCUAGUCCUUAAUAUCUGUGCUCCCAAUCUCAAGUACCUCUAUCUUGAAGGCGAGUUUAGAGACAUAUGUCUCAAAAACACGCCACUCUUGGUUGCAAUUUCGGUUGCAUUAUAUAUGAACGAUGAUACUGAGCCCUUUGGUGAUAAUUCUGAUUGCAAUUUUGAGAAGUUUUUUGGUGGGGUGCCUUAUCUUGAGAAACUUACAGGGCAUGUUUAUUUCACCAAGUAUCUGAGUAUAGGUAAUAGUGCCAGAACUCUACCGGUUUCACAUAUCUAUUUAAGGAGUAUUGAACUGCACCAAGUCAGUUUUGAAGAUAUGAAUGAGAUACUUGUUGUGCUUCGCUUGAUUACCAGCUCUCCGAAUUUGGAGGAGCUGCAUGUUUCGGGCUCCUCAAACCCUGUGGCUGCUUCAGAAGCACCUGACUUGGACUUUUGGGAGAAUGAAUGUCCUUCGAACUGUACAUUUGGUAAACUUAAAGUUGUGAAAACGACAGAUAUGUCUGGUGUACCACACGAGAUGGAAUUUAUUAAAUAUUUGCUUAGGAAUUGUCCGGUGCUCGAGACAAUGAGUAUCAGACCUUGUGUCUAUGUUACAGAUCGACGGUUGAAUAUGUUGAUUGAACUGUUAAAAUUUAGGAGGGCUUCACCUCAAGCAGAAAUUUUGUUCAUCCAAGAAUAGUUGUUCUAGUAAUAAAGCCCCUUUUUCAUUUUA